UCCUUGACUGUUGUUCCCGUGUAUCUCAACGACAUCAGUCCUAAAAGAAGACAGAGCUCCAUUUGUCAACUACAUCAUGUUUUAUUUACGGUCGGCAUUCUCAUCGGGCAGAUAAUGGGCUUCUUCGUUUUCCAUGGCAACAAACGAUGGCCUGGAGCCCUGGCGUUUCCCGCCCUCAUCGAUCUAUUCCAGAUAGUUCUCCUUCUCUUUUGUCCAGAGAGUCCUGUCUGGUUGAUGCAUACUAAAUAUGCAGAAGAGAAAGCGGCUGGAGCUCUACGUCAGCUUCGUGGUGAUGAGGAGGUCGAGCAGGAGACUCAAGGUCUCCGUGACGACCACCGCUCCGAGUCGAGGAUCGUCCGGGCGAGCGUCUGGGAAGUGGUCUUCCUGAGAGACGCUAACUGGAAAAUGCCGCUGCUCAUGUGUAUCUUACUGCAGGUGGGACGGCAGCUGUCCGGCGUCAACGCGGUAAGUCUAACCGCGGCCGUUGAUAUUCGGUAA